AUGGCCACUCUUCGGAGCCAGAUGUCGGUCAUUCUGCAGGCCCUCGUACAGUCCGGCAUUCCAGUCCCGCGUUUUGAUGCGCCGACUUCCGCGCCCGUCCAUCCCGCGCAGCCCCAUCAGACCACUGCCCCGAUGAAUGCCCAGACCUCCGAGCCGCAUCCUGACGACGACACGGUGAAAUAUUCAGUUAAUGAGAAAAAAUUUAAGGCAAAUAUUAGUAGCUGGGGCUGUACAUCAUUCAUUCUUCUAAGUAAGCUUUGUGAUCAUGAUGAAGGGUAUCUUGUCAAUGAUUCAUGUGUUGUUGAAGUCAAAGUUUCAGUUCGUAAUGGAAUUAAGAUUUUAGAAGACCAAGAAACUGGGAAGCUUAUCGAUUUUAGGGGCUUAGGACGAGUAGAGAAAACUUUGGUUCCAUUUCUAGAGGAAGUUUGUUCGUCGUAUCCCUCCUUGCUGGAGUGCCAUAAGAAGAGAAGUCGUAUGUUUAUUCAAUGUGCAUUCACAGCUUUGGGCCGACUCUUGCGUUUUCUGAAGACUACAAAGGCCAAGGAUAUGACCCAUGAUGCUUGUAAACGCCUUCAACUGUUAUGGGAGGAGCUUGAGACCUUCAAAUUUGACUUGGCUUGGCUGGAGCCUCAUGUUCAAUUGGUUUUGGUCACGAAGAAAAGGUCAGGAAGAGUUGAUAGACUGAGAGAAUAUGUGGAAAUGUGGGAGAAUGAAAUGAAGAGGCGAAGGGAUUACGUCGCUGCUGCGGAAGUUGAUCUUGAGGCAGCGAAAAGAGACUUGGCAAAGGCAGAAGAAGAGUUCAAGAUAGAUAUGGAAACUGAGCUAGGCUAUCCAUUACCUUAA